AUGUGUGAGUGUGUGCCAGUGCUGCUGCUGCUGCUGCUGCUGCUGCUGAGUUAUGGAGGCCCUUGUCUGUUACAGUCAGUAACUUACUGGCAGCAGCCGCGCAGCAACGAAGAUCACAUGAUAACCAGCGGUGACAAGUUCCUGUCAGUAUUUCUUGAAACUGUUGCUUGUGCUUUGACAAAACCCCAACAACACCUUUGGACCCACAGCAUUGUACACAGUCCAACAUCCCUUGUCCGUGCAAAGGAGAAUGGGGGGAGGAGAGGUUCGCUCGCUGCGCACGCCCAAAACGAAUGGAGGUUCUGCGGAAAGGUGAUGCACUGCAGCCAGCGCUACCGGUUUGUUCAUGCUGAUGGUGGUGGAUCUGAUCUGGCGUCGAGCUUCGUUGCUACUUAG